AUGGCAAAGACAGAUCCACCCCUAUGCCCAACAUGCAAUACAAACUACUCCAUCAAGCAUAUCAUCAUCCACUGCCCAAACUUCAACGACGCUAGAAAAGAUCUCAACAUCCCAGACAACCUGUACGAAGCAAUUGGUCCAUUUUCAAACUUUCAUAACAUAAUUUUAUUUUUAAAAAAAAUUGAAUUGCACAAUACCAUAUAA